AUGUAUAGUGACUUUCCUACAUGCCGGAAAAUCGACUCUACAAUACGAGGGGUCCAGAACGUCCUUCUGACUGCAGAAGUCUGGGACCGGCAGUACGAAGACCUUCAUAAUAGGGUUCAAAAUCAACAGAAGUCUAGGAUUCGAGGGAAUCGGAAGGUCUUACAAAAAGGAGGGGUCCUUACAGGAACUCAGGCACGACAGAUCCAGGAAAACAAGCAUGAAAAGGAGCAGGUUGAUAAGAUCAAAAGACGACAAUAUCUUAUACGAAUUACAACAAAUAAGAUUAAGAAGAAGUAUCAUAUCCAAGGGGUUGCUGCACGGAAAUCAGAGAAGGAACAUCAAAGGACAAUUCUAAACUUCAAAGAAGCUAUUCCUAUUGAGCUAUUCAAUCCAAUCCCGGACCCAGAAAAGCUUAUAACUGAUAAAGAGAUUGAUAUACAGGUUAAGGAAGCUCUUAUAUCCCUCCCAGAAUUUAAUGGGGUCUCAUUUGAAUACGAGGAACUAGGUGCAAUUGGUGUCAUUGAUCCAGGACUUCAGGAAUUUACGUCGCAACAGGAUUUCAUAUCAUUCGAAGGCACAAAUAUAUGGGGCCGUGAUUCAAUUGCGUCAGAAGACGAAGAAGAUGAAGAUUCAAUUCAAGAUGCGUUUUCAUACUUGUAG